AUGAAAGAUGAAGUGAGGUUUAGAGUCAAGCUCGCGGAGGUUGCCGCAGCGCCAAGACCGUGGACCUGGCGUGGAAGGAGACAACUGCUUCUGUUCACCACCAACACCAACUUCAUUCACCGGCGCCUUAUCAACUCUGAUUUCACCGACGCGGCGCGCUUCGUCACACACUUCACGCACAGCACCGCAUUAGCCACCAUGGAAGAUCUUGAAAUGCCUCCAGGCUCGCCCUCCCUUCAAGCCAACGAAGAACCCUCCGGCAACAACGACCCCGGCGACCCUCUUCAGCCCGGCGUGGAAGAAGAGGACCGGCCAAACGCACCGAUGGGCAGCCCCACCGCCGACGUUGACGCUUUCGAGGAUGAUGAAGCGCCAGAAACAGUGGAAGCCAUGAACGACGCCGCAGAGGACGAGCAGCCUGAGCCUACAAAAGACGACGAUGAGGAAUCCGAAUUAGAUGACUUAGAUGAGGAGCAGUUCCAGGACUUCGAUGCAGAUGCGCUCAAUAUCCCUGACAAGCCAGUUGCGGUGGACGAGACUAAUGUGGGGCUGUUGGGAGUGCAUAAGCGGAAGCGGACUGAGGAGGAAGAGCGGGAGAGGAAGAAGAAGCGCAAGGAGGGCAGGCGUGAGAAGCCAAAGCGUAGGAAGGUAAAGGCUGGUGCUGAUGGCGAUGUGGAUGAAGAUGACUUCGAGGGCGGGCCGGAGAUGGAGGGCAAGAGGGUGAGGAAGAGCAAGGGCGGCGCUGAAGGGCGACCAUCGAAGGGGCCGCGUAGAGCCAGGACACCGACCAUGGAGGAAGAGGAGAAUUUGACUCCCGAGGAGCGUCGCCGCCGCGCCCUUGACCGCAAGAUGGACGAGGCCCUCAAAGCUGGUACACGCGCAAAUCGCCGCCGUGGCCGUGGAAUCGACCUUGAAGCAGCUGCUGACGCAGAGAUCGCAUCUCUUGCUCAACGCAUGGCCACUGCUUGUCAAGCCGACGCCGAUGCACGCGCUAAAGGCCAGGUCGCUACACACAAGCUCGCCAUCCUUCCUGAGGUUGUAGAACUGAUGAACCGCAACACUAUCCAAGCACAGCUCGAAGACCCAGAAAGCCAGAUCCUGACUUCGGUGCGCUUCAUGCUGGAACCUGCCGACCACGACGCCGCUCUACCUAACUACAAGAUCCAGCGCGAACUGUUCAAGAUUCUGUCGAAGCUACACCUCUCGAAGGAAGCCCUCACUUCGUCCGGCAUCGGCAAGGUCGUCCUCUUCUACACCAAAUCCACCCAGCCGCAGCCGGAAAUCAAACGCGCCGCGGAGAAGCUGAUUGGAGAAUGGAUGCGUAUCGUGCUCAAACGCCACCAGAAGAACAUCCACAAUCGCGCCAACAUUCAAACGCAGACCUACGAUCCUCUUCAGCUGCAGGCCUCGUCGCAGCAAUCGACUGCGCGCAACCCAGCUAUCGUGGCGGCGGAGAGAAGGAAGAAGGUGCUAGAGCAGCCGAUUCCUGGCAAUCGUGCAAGAGUGGAGGGCGGUGUGGGAACGUACACGGUUGCGCCGGUGAGCACGAUGAGCAAUGUAGGAGGAGUCAGCAGGAAGAUGGGCGCGAGUGGAGAGGAUGCUUUCAGGAAAAUUGCUGCUAGAGGUGCGGUCAAGGCUGGCGGUCCUGGAGCGGCGGCUGGCAGGAAGGGAUGA